AUGGCCUCAUCAUCCCGUGUACCUUCAGGUGCAGCCAGCGGCAAAGCCCCAAAGAGCCCGGAGUCGUUCGAAUCGCUCGCAUGCCGCAAUGCUGCAGCAGAAAUCCUGCAAAGCUACGAGAAGCUGUCCUGGCUCGCGAUGCAGCGAUGCGAGUCCCUAACCCAAACACGCCUCCACUUCCAGAACAUCGUUGCCGGCUUCACGGACGAAGACGAAGCGAAAAUGGUCGACUACAAGACGGACAAUACGCCUCGUCUCAAGCCGGGAGAAGAACCGCGAGGGAGCAGGAAAGGCAAGGAGCGCAUGAGUUCUGGUGGAGGGGGUGGGGGUGGGGAUGGAGUUGCGGGCAGCAGUGCACAGAAGACUGAUAAGAGUCGAAGUAAGAACGAUGCUGGUGGCGGGAGCACGCCGGGCAGUGCGAGCAAGAAGCGGAAGAGUGGUGGCGGGAGCUGA